AGACUUGGACAGGCUCGCACGUCAUGGAAGGGGCGGGUCCAUUGUGGAGGGGCCUUCUGGGCGGGCCCGACAAAGAAGAAGGUCUUGGGAAGUGGACGAUGCGGGGUCCUAAGAAGGCGGAGUUUAGAAGUAACUUGCAUCAGGGGCGGGCGCUUGAGAGCUCCAAAGGGAGGGGCUACGUAGCAGGUUCACAAUGGGCGGGGCUUGGGGGAAAACUGGCUGGGAGGGGAGGGGCAUUGUAAAGGGGAGGAGCUAAGGAGAACGUUCUAUAUAGGGUUGAGACCUAGGACUACAAGGCCUGGGGGCGGGAAGAGGACCUCGGAGUAUUUCAAAGAGAGAUCAAGGUUCGUAAGGAGCAGGGCUCAAGCCGGCCAUCAGAGGAGCAGGGCCUCGAGUCCGGGGGCGGGGCCUAGGUCUCGGAGUCCGCCCUCGCUGUCUCGCCCGCUUGCCCUCACCCGCUUCACCCCCGUUCUUUUCAGUUAUUUUCUGCUACGGCCGUUCCCCUCUCUGCCCUGGGCCCAGGGGGUCGCGGUCUGAACCUGGGUCGGCUGGAGGAGUCGUCCCAGACCUCCGUCAGAAAUGGGGAAUGUGCAAUCGGAGCCCUCCGCGGGCAGGGGCUCCCCAAAACAGUGGGCUUCGGACCGCUCCUCCGAAACUCGCCGGACAUCCCCGGUGGGGCCCGAGGUGACUCCCUCUUCCCCAGCCAUGCGCCUGGCUCGCGGGCUGGGCGUCUGGUUCCCUGGCAGCUCCGCUGAGCCCCAGGCCUCACCCUCGCCCCUGACCUUAGAACUGCCCUCACCAGUGACACCCCCUUCAGAGGCGGCGACUGCGGCUGCAGUCUCCACACCAUCCACAUCCCCCGUGGGGCCCCUUCUGCCCGCGCAGUCUCAGAGGCGAAAACCCACGGGCAUUCGGGUGCCCCGGAUCCGCAGUCUGCUGGAGGCGAGCCACCGAAGACAAGGCGACCCUCCGAGCCUCCGCCCGCUGCUGCCACCACCCCGUCAACUAACCGAAGAGGAUCUCAACCGCGCCCCAAGGGCCCCAUCCCCAACUCCGCCGCCCCUGGAGCCGCGGGAGCAGCCGCCACCGCCACCUUCUGACCGGCAGCCCCCGAACCUCAGAACCACUCCUGCUCUGGCCACACCCACCGCAACCCCUGCAGAAAACCAGGCCUGGCAGAGCAGCGACGGCCUGACGGUCGACGGAGCCCGCCGAGAGCCGCCUCCUCAAGCGGGAGAGGGCGAAAUGGCCCGGCCCUCAGCCUCUGAGACCGGCCAGAGCCUGCUGUGUAAAGUCACCUUCAAGUCAGGGCCCCUUUCACCCGCUGCGGCAGCGUCGUCCAGCUCCUUAGCAGCCAAAGCCUCGCUCGGGGGCAGCAGAGGCGGUGGACUCUUCGCCGCCGCCUCGGGCUCCAUCUCUUACGCUGAGGUCCUGAAGCAGGGGCCCCUAGCUCCUGGGGCCGCUCGCCCAUCGGGAGAGGUCCCUCGGGGGGCUAGGGAAGCAAAGGGCAGGAACGGAGACGGCGAGGGGGGUUCUGGACCACCCUCGGCACCUGCAUCUCAUGCCCAGACCUUUCCACCACCACCCUACACCAUCUUCCCAGGCUCCAAGCCCAAAUUUGACUGGGUGAGCCCUCCGCAUGGCCCCGAAGGCCACUUCCGCUUCAAAGGAGCAGGCGGAGGCCUCAGGGCUCCCCGGCGGCGCGCUGCCGCGCUCUCACGGCCCUGGGGCACCCCGCUGCCUACGCCAGGGCAGAUGCAACUUUAUCCCCGGCCCAGGAACCCUGCACCCGCCCUGCUGGCGCCGCCUAAGUUCAUCUUCCCGGCGCCCACCAGUGGCAAGCCUGUGAGCCCCAGGCCCCCAGGCCCGCAGGAGUUAGCGCCGCCGUCGCCGCCCACAUCGCAGCCGCCGGUGUUCCAGCUCACGCCGCUGCCGGUAGUGCUCCCGGCCACCCCAGUCCCGGGCCACUUGGAGUCGGCCCCCGCUCCUGCUCCAUUUCCCGCUCUGCCCCUUGCGGUCGACCAGAUCCCCGCCCUCACCCUCGCCCUCGCCCCAGCUUUAACCCCGGCCCCGGCCUCAGCUCCCACCUUAGCGAAGCCCGCUCUAACGCCCAUCAAGGCCCGUACUCGCAGAAACAAGGGUCCCCGAGCCGCCCGGGGCAAGACCCGUGAGGAUGGUGCACCUGGAGAUGGUCCUCGAGAACGGACUGCAUCUACUGUCACUGACAGAGGAAGCAGAGAGGGUGGCGGCGGCGGGGCUCCUCUGGCCGCGACGGCUAACAUCCGUACCACGCGCCACUGGCCGCCCUUUCAGAUGCUUAACUCUUGCCCCUGCAAGUGUUACUGCCGCCACCAGCCACGCCGUCGCCGCCUGCCAUGCAACGUGUCUGCCUGGCUGAGCAUACCCACCAACCACCUGAGUGAGCCGCCCUGGGUCGCCACCAUCAAGCUUGCGGGUUCCCUGGUAGCAGGGCUGGAGCACUACGACUUGCAGGAUACCCAUUCCAACUGAGCGCAGUCUGUACCAUGUCCUCCAUCUUCCCCCUCCUUGACAAUAAAAUAAGCAGCCAGAUGCCUAGCUGCCCGUCAAUCACCUGAUAAGGGUUGAAAGGGUGGGGUGAGGCAGUGCAGAGGUUUCUAAGAAGGCGCAUCAUCCUGCAGUUAAGGAGGCUGGACCCAUUGCAGAGGUUCCAUUCAUCCAACAUCCAAAUUGACAGGCCCAGGGGUGAGAUCAUCUUGUUCCCCUUAAUCCAUCAUCAACGCUGUUUUCUGAGCACAUCUGGUGCCAAGCUCAGGAGUUCAGCCCAGAUCACUUUGGAAAGGAGUAUUCAUUCCAAUUUUACAAUUGAGGAAACUGAUUCUGGAGGAUGUUGAAAACCCCACAUCUCACAAAUGGCUCACCCAGAUCUGAACUCUUUAUAAAUACCUUCUCAAGAACCUCAAGGCA